GUCAUGUCAUGUGAGCGCAGUCCGGACAUGUUUAAAACGCGCACUGUUUACCUUUCGCUGUAGUGGAAAGGCUGACUGAUAAAAAAAAAAUGUAUUCUCUCGGUUCAGAGAGUUUAAUUAAACAAGCGAGGGAGAUUCAGGAGACUGAGCUGCAGAAGUUUUACAGCCGCCUCGUGAAGCUGCUCCAGCUCAAGGAGCUCGGUCAUGAGACGGUGGACUCGCUGCAAAGGCUGCACCUCAUCCUGUCCGCUAAUAAAUACGCCAGAACGCUGCCCUCAGAUCUCCAGCAGAGGCUGCUGUUGCUCCUCUCCUCACCCUCAGAGCAGCUCCAAGUGCUGAGCUCCGCUCUGCUCAGGGAGACGCCGCCCUCUUCUGGUGAGGAGCUGAACAACAUCCAGGAGAACGUCAGUCAGCUGAACACGCAUGCUGCCGCUCUGCUCGUCUCGCAGGCCAGAUCCAGGACGGAUUUGAACAAUCUCUGCGCUCAGCUCGUUCACGGUCUGGAGGGCCGGCCGUCUGACAGGCCGACUCGCUCGCUCAUGUUCACCCUGCCGGUGCUCAACAGCAUCCUCAGGCUCAGCCGAGAGAGCCUCACCGAAGAACACGUGACCAUCCUGAAUAAAAAGUUUGUCGACUGGCUGCGCUACGCAAGCAUCUUGCAGGGGGGUGGAGCCUCCUUGGGAGGGUUCUUCACAGGACCCAGGUCCCGUCAGCCUCUGCCCACAGCAGAGCUGGAUGGCUCGGUGUCGGGCGACUUCUUCACCGUGCUCUGCGUGGGCCAGGGAUUCACGGAGGACCAGUGGAUGAAUGUCUAUUCGUUUUCCAUGCUGCGCCACUGGCUCCUCACCUACCACUCUGUUUCCAGCGGAAACAGCACAAUGGACGCUGCAAACAGGCUGCAGCUCAGCCUCUCCCUCUCCCACUCCUUUUCCAAUGAUGAUCAAUCAGAAGUGGACGGAUCAGUGGUUUCCAUGGUUUCGGCGACGUCCUCCUCCAGCCGCCUUCUUCCCCCAAAGGAGCGUCUGAGAGAGAAAGCGUUCCAGUACUGCCAGCGCCUGAUCGAGCAGUGCGAUCGCAAAGCACAGAAGAAGUCGGACACGGAACUGCAAAAAGCGUGCAUGGUGGAGGCCGUGUGCAUCCUGGACUGCGUGUGCGUGGAGGACCCCUCCAUGGUCUUCCGCACCUUCCCGUCCAUAAAGGCUCUGUUCAGUCGGCUGAGCUCGGAUUUGUCGUAUGCCAGAGUCCUGCUGCCCAUAGCGCAGUUCUACCUCAACCAUGGUGAAAUGGCAGCCGUGGACUGCGAGUGUGUGUGGAAGUUGGUCUUUGCCCACUUUCCCGCUGAGCUCUUCAACGACCCUUUCCUCGCCCACGAGCUGCUGCGCUUCCUCCGACAGAACCUGGACGGCCUGCGGCUCCGAGCUCCUGAGUUCAUACGAUUCCUCCCGAACCUCCUGAAGUUUUUAGCAUGGGAUAGCUCAGCGGUUGUGGAUGACUUUGUGGAUCUGCUGCCCUCUCUGGUUACUGAAGGAACUGCGGUGGAGAUACUUCACACGCUGCUGGACCUGCCAUGCCUUUCUGCUACACUCGUCUUGCAGCUCAGGUCCGUGUCUUUGCCCAUCUCGGAGUCGAGCAGCCGAGGCUUGCUGCCGCUCGACGCAUUUCGAAACCCCGCGUUCAGAGGACUUUUCCUUUUUCUGCUUCGAGUGGAGACGGGCUCAGGUCACACCAUCGACCGGUUGAGCACGCUCCACGAUCUGCUGGCCGAGGCGGCCGACUGGCCCAGAGUGGUGCGCUGUGCCCAGGUCGUCCCCGUGCUGCUGCACAUUUAUUUCAACACGGUUGUUACGGUGGGUCAGGAGAAGCUGUUGGCUCACCUGAUUCUGGUGAUGCUGGAGAGGAGCGGCCUCCUCCUCGCCAUCCCCACGUACAGCAGAGAGAUACACAGGGUGUUCAGCUGCCACCUGCUGAGGCUGUGCAAGCUCCGCCCCUCUCUGGUUGUGGACCAGUCACAUGAGCUGCUGGAGUUUGCUGGGACAACGGCGAACGUCUACAGCAAGGAAGAAGUCUACACUCACGUGGUGUGGGUCCUGGGGGAGUACCUGUCGGCGGCGUCUGACUCCCGCUGCUCCGUGGCGCUCAUCACUUCCUGUUUUGAAACUUUGGAGGCGGUGCUGUUUGAGAUAACCUCGUCUGCCCCGCCUCCUGGAACGGUGUGCCCCGCCCCUAAAGUCAUCACCACUUUGAUGAGCGCGCUGGCUAAACUGGCGUCGCGAUCACAUGACUUGAUUCCAAGGGUGUCUCUUUUCUUCUCCAAGCUAAGAACUGCAGCCAGAAACGGCUCGGUUGCCUGGUGCGCCGACGAAGACGACCUCGUUGCCAUAGUAACCCGUGGUGAGGAGUUGUGGUUUCUGCUGAAAGCCCCCGGUGUGGCUCAGAGCGUCCUGACCCCGCCCCCUCACGUCCUGACGCCACGCUGGCACAGAGACACGAACCUGGCCAUGCCGCUGCAGCUCCGAGUCCUCACCAGGCUCACACACUCACAGUGACUCACACACACACACACUCUCACAGUGACAGACACACACUUCAUUCUCCUGCACUGGCACUUGAUAUGAAUUAUCUGAACAACAAAACACCUUCAUUUUGAAAUUAGAUUUUUUUUUUAGUAAAUAAAUGAGAUUUAGUGAUGUUGUAAAUAACUUUAAAAUAAAUAAAUAAAUAAAUCUCACUGGUUUUUAAAGUGUCAUAUUUAUUACAAUGAUUUUACUGAAAAAUAGCAUUUUUACAAAAAAAUACUUGAUUAAAAACACACUCACACACACUGUGCUUCACUUCCUGAGUCAGUGGUGUCUUAAGACAGUAGCACAUUACGGUAGAAAAUUCCUCACUUGUGGUUUUUACUGUUCUUGUUUAGGCAUCAUCAAUAAAAAUCAACAUUUUCAUGAAAACCUGCAUGCUUAAAAUGAUUAAAUCGACACUGUAAGCCAGAUUUAACUAGUUGGUUUGAUUAAAUUGUACAUUAAAUGACACAUCUGUGAAUCGAAAAGUGCUUGUGAAUUUAAGUGCGUCAUAGUAGCAAAAUAACUGGCAAUUGCAGUCCAGACUACGUAAAGAGUCUGAAUGCAGUGGUAUAUCUUUUAAAAUGACUACAAAAGUUUUGAUAAAAUCAUUUCAAAGCUUUUUUUCCACUUUUAGCACAAAUCAGCUGAAAGAAAAACAAAACAAAUACAAAAGCUUCAUAAACCUGGUUGCAUAAAUGAGCAGAGCAUCGGUCUGAUCAUUUCUGUAUUCGCUCUUCGAGAUCUGAUGAAACUUAAAUAAAUAUCAGCUGUUCUAGUGAAAGCAAUCUAGCUGGUCAAAGGUAUCAAUCAGGAGAAGGGUACAGAAAAAUCCCACCAAGAAAACAGACUAAAACUGGAUGAUUUUCCAAUAUGCACACUUAUGUAACUGGAUAAUUCAGAUGUUUUUGUUUUUCAGUCAAAUACUACAGGAUAUGCAACAUGUUAAAUUUGAAUAUGAAUAAUUUAUCAUCGUCUCAUUUUAUUUGCAUCGCAGAACACACUUUUUAUAUCCACUGCAGUCCAUCUUGAAUUUGCCUGUACAAUUUAAAACCUUUCCUUUCGUCAGUUCUCUGUGACGCAUCUUUAAUGAUGCCAGAUUGGAGUUAUUUACCCACGACAUGUUACCAUAGCAAAUUAUGUCAAAUUAAUUAGCGACACCUUCACAAACAAAUAAAAAUCAA